AGAAGUCGCAGUCUCGGUCCAAUUGGCGUCGGAAGAGGUGAAGGUGGCCUUUCGCUUUCGACUGAGCCCUUGAAUACACGUACAUCUCAACUUUUAACGUGUUCCUAUUUCUGGCUUGUACAUACGCAUGGUAAUAGCGUGGUUCGCAUUCUUUAUUUCGCGCCGAGCCUAGAUAUUCUAUAUUCCAAUGCGGCGUCUACGGUGAUUUUAUUUCCUUUGCAAUUCUCUCUACCCAGUCCUACUCAUCGAUUCCUCCGUGCACUGCCAGUGUUCGGUCCUAGAUUUUUGUUACCGUCGCGCAGAAUUCGAUCAGCUACUAGUAACCCUGGUGCUCCGGGUUGCACAACACAUCGACAUGCCGGCGAAAUCGAGAUUCACAAGGCUCGAUGCCUUCACAAAAACUGUCGAGGAUGCGCGGAUACGAACUACUUCUGGCGGAAUCGUUACCAUCGUAUCCUUGAUCGUCGUACUCUAUCUCGCCUGGGGAGAAUGGUCUGACUACAGGAGGAUAGUCAUCCACCCCGAACUUAUCGUUGACAAGGGCAGAGGAGAGCGAAUGGAGAUUCAUAUGAACAUUACAUUCCCUAGACUCCCUUGUGAGCUUUUGACCCUCGAUGUGAUGGACGUCUCUGGUGAGCAGCAGCACGGCGUCUUGCAUGGCGUGAAGAAAGUUAGACUGCAAGCUGCUACCCAAGGAGGAGGAGUGAUCGAUGUGACUGCGCUAUCUCUCCAUGGGAAGGACGAGACCGCCGACCAUUUAGAUCCUAACUACUGCGGCCCUUGCUAUGGUGCUCCGGCUCCCGGUAGCGCCACGAAACCCGGCUGCUGCAACACUUGCGACGAGGUUCGAGAAGCAUAUGCGCAGGCAUCUUGGGCUUUUGGUAGAGGUGACGGCGUCGAACAGUGCUUGCGGGAGCAUUACGCCGAGAAGCUAGAUGAACAAAGACAUGAAGGUUGCCGGAUUGAGGGUGCAAUCCGGGUUAACAAAGUUAUUGGGAAUUUUCAUUUCGCACCGGGUCGAAGUUUCAGCAACGGUAACAUGCAUGUUCACGACCUGAAAAAUUACUGGGAUAGUCCGGUGCAUCACUCGUUUGAGCAUGAGAUUCACCAGCUUCGCUUUGGACCUCAGCUACCCGAAGAUGUUACUCAGAAGCACGCCAAAAAUAGUCCUUGGACUAACCACCACAUAAACCCCCUGGACCAGGUUAAACAGACCACCGAUGACCCCAACUUCAACUUCAUGUACUUUGUGAAAGUUGUCCCGACUGCAUAUCUCCCUCUAAGCUGGUCAAAGCCGAGCGGGCAUGACCGCCAGACCGAUGAUGAGAUUUGGCUAGGAAACCUAGGUAGCGCAGUUGAUGGCAGCAUGGAGACGCAUCAAUAUUCGGUCACCAGUCAUAAGCGAAGUCUAGCUGGAGGUGACGAUGCAGCCGAAGGCCACCAAGAACGGAUGCACGCGAGAGGCGGCAUUCCAGGGGUGUUCUUUUCAUAUGAUAUUUCACCUAUGAAGGUUAUUAAUCGCGAAGAACGUGCUAAAACAUUCACUGGGUUUUUGACAGGUCUAUGUGCUGUUAUCGGUGGUACAUUGACCGUAGCUGCUGCUGUCGACAGGGGUGUAUACGAGGGCGCGACGAGAUUAAGAAAACUGCAGUCGAAAAAUCUUUAGAGUGUUACACGAGUACCGCCCCAAUUGUGCCAAAUCCUUCAUUUGAUCUUAUGCACUGGGAAUAGAGUUUCUGGCUGGGUUCGGGGAAACAUUGUUCUGUUUACGGAGACUUUAUAGUGAUCUAUCUAUUGUAAAUCUAACUGAGGUUUAUUGAUAGUUUUGGUAUUUGCGACGAUUGUUCAUAUGACGUGUUUUUUUGACCCCCUUUUCCUUAACCGAAGUUCUCACGUGACACCGGUCGCAAACCUCGAAGUAGUUAAGUAAGUACAAACAACAAGUUGAUGAAUACCUAGUAGCUAGAAUAGAUCCCAGAAUACUUCAAUUUGAAGAACCUGCACCACUACAUGAACGGCAUAUUUAGAACCUCAGUUGAAGAUUGUUUAAACUUGAUAAUCACAUUGCAGCUUCUUCUUGAAGGAAG